GGUUUCCUAAGUAGGUAACGGGAUCAUUAACAUUCUCGUGGCUUUCGCUUCCACCACCACUUCUUAACGCGCAUCCUAACAGCAGUUUCGUGAUUCUUCGAUGGAAAGACGAACGUGCAGUGAUAUCGUCGGAAAAGAAAUUCGUUGUGUGUUUCCGAACGUUUUUUGGAAGUUUUCUUUGACAGUUAUUUUGGCGGCAGGAGACUAGAAAAUCCUGUAAAAUGGAUAAACUUCUGCAAUCUGUGGUUUUAAUGCUCGCUGCAAUCCUCUGUUUCGCGAUGGCAGCCGAGUCUACAGUAGUCCAACCACGUGCACCGAACUUCCAAUACUUUGAAAGACCCAAAUACCGGUACCCCUACUAUGAUGAAAAUGGAAAAGGAAAGCUGUUGUACGGCUACGGAGGUCCAGAACUAUACCAAUACAAGUCAUAUUCACCUCUUGAAGGCAUCCAUUAAAGGAAAAAUAUGAAAUUA